AUGUAUCAAAGUGAAACGAAUUAUACUAUCGACUUAUUGAUUAAUAUAUCAGAUCAAAUUAACCGCUACUUCGCUAUAUUCAUCUUUAUCUUCGGUACUUGUGGCAAUAUUUUGAACAUAGUCAUUCUCUCCGAUCGAACACUUCGUCACAUUCCAUGUGUUUUCUUGUUUUUAAUUGCGUCUAUUUCAAGUUUGAUCUCGAUUGAUCUCGGUCUUAUUACCCGAAUGUUAGCUGGUUGGGCAUCGGAUCCAACUUAUACAAUAGGAUGGAUCUGUAAGCUGCGAACAUUUCUUGUAUUUGCAACACGUCUGAUCGUAUUUUGGCUUUUCGUUCUUUCAACUAUCGACAGAUGGUUGUCAUCCUCUGUAUACAAUCAUCAGCGUAGAUUAAAUACAAUGAAAAAUGUUCGAUAUGCAACACUUACUGUUAUAUUAAUGUCAGUAAUAAUGUAUGCUCAGCUAUUUUAUUGUUACGAAGCUAAUCUCGUACGAGCACCAUUUCCAUGCUAUACGAAAUCAUCAUUAUGUCAAAUUGUAACCGAUCUGACAUUUGCAUUAUUCACAAUUAUCAUACCUUUACUUUUAAUGUCGAUGUUUAGUUUAAUGACAAUUUUCAAUUUUCAUCAAAGUCAACAGCGAAUAUUUCGAACAGGAGAACAACGAUCGAAAAGAACUGAACGGUAUCUUUUACGAAUGCUUUGUACACAAAUUAUUGCUCUUGGUUUGCUAACUCUUCCACAAGCAAUUAUAAGACUAUAUGCCGCAUUUGUUGACAUGCAUCAUUCUGAACUACAGACGACUAUUGAUAUGUUUGUCUACAAUAUUCUCUUAUUAUUAACAUAUCUAGCAAGUGCAAUGCCAUUCUAUAUUUAUACAUUAACUGGUGGAAGUCUUUUUCGUAGACCAUUGUCAAAUUUGAAACAGCGAAUUGUUCAAUUUUUCCUACGACAGACAGAAUAA